GUGCUCACUCACGCGACGGAGUCGUGUUUCCAGCGUCCAGCCUUCCGGGCGCCUCUGCUGCCUGCAACGGUGCAGCCUGCGCGCGUUGUGAUUGUGAAGCCGUGAACGGCAGCUCGGGCUCGGCGCAGCCGCGCAGGGCCCCUGCCGCGCCGGCAUCGCGCCGCGGCCGCGGUGCGGGGCAUGCUGCCUGCGUUGCUGGCUUGCUGCGGCACGCCACGUCACAUCGGGUUGUUUUUAAGAGGCGCCCUCCGGACCUAGACUCGCCGUCACCGCUCACCACACUCUCGCACCUACUACCCGCCUGCUCUCUCUCUGUCUGACGCGCCGCCCUCGCGAUCGGUGAUGGCAGCUGCGGCGUGGCUGUGUGGACUCCUGUGGCUCCUGGCCCACGCCGCCGCUGUGGCGUCGGCGGCGGAUGGGGCGGAUGGUGGGUGGGAGCCGCUGAUACGGAUGCCGACGGGGAAGGGGGGUGACGCUGCUGCUCGGGCGGUUGAGGAGGAUGAUGAAGUGGGGACGAGGUGGGCCGUGCUCGUCGCCGGCUCCUCCGGAUACGGGAACUACCGGCACCAGGCCGAUGUGUGCCAUGCGUACCAGAUACUGCGGAAGGGAGGAGUGAAGGAGGAGAACAUUGUGGUGUUCAUGUAUGAUGACAUUGCCCAUAACAUUCUGAACCCGAGGCCUGGGGUUAUCAUUAACCAUCCAAAAGGCGAAAAUGUUUAUAAUGGUGUUCCAAAGGAUUACACAGGUGAUCAGGUCACUACCGAAAACUUCUUUGCUGUCCUCUUGGGCAAUAAAAGUGCUAUCACAGGAGGGAGUAAGAAGGUGAUAGACAGCAAACCUAAUGACCACAUCUUCAUCUAUUACUCAGAUCAUGGGGGUCCUGGAGUUCUUGGUAUGCCGAACUUGCCAUAUCUGUAUGCUGGCGACUUCAUCAAGGUUUUGAAAAAGAAGCAUGCUUGCAAUAGCUACUCAAAAAUGGUUAUAUAUGUUGAAGCAUGUGAGAGUGGCAGUAUCUUCGAGGGAUUAAUGCCUGAAGAUCUGAAUAUUUAUGUCACAACAGCCUCAAAUCCAGUUGAAAAUAGUUGGGGAACAUACUGCCCUGGGAUGGAACCAUCACCCCCUCCUGAGUACAUUACCUGUUUAGGUGAUUUGUACAGUGUUUCUUGGAUGGAAGAUAGUCAAACCCACAAUCUAAAGAAGGAAACCAUCAAGGAUCAGUAUGAAGUGGUGAAAACAAGAACCUCAAACUCGAAUAAGUACAAAGAGGGUUCUCAUGUUAUGGAGUAUGGUGAUAAGACCUUCAAGGAUGAGAAGCUUUUCCUUUAUCAAGGUUUUGAUCCUGCUAAUGCCAACAUCGCAAACAUGCUGCUUUGGCCAGGCCCAAAGGGUGCAGUCAAUCAAAGAGAUGCUGAUCUUCUCUUCAUGUGGAAGAGGUAUGAGCAGUUAAAUGGGGAGUCUGUAGAGAAGCUGAGGGCUCUCAUAGAGAUUAAAGAAACUGUUCAACAUAGGAAGCAUCUUGACAGCAGUAUCGAUUUCAUUGGGAGGCUUCUCUUCGGAUUUGAGAAAGGGCCUUCAAUGCUUGAGGCUGUUAGAGCCUCGGGUCUACCAUUAGUCGAUGAUUGGGAUUGCUUGAAGAGGAUGGUGCGCAUUUUCGAAUCCCAGUGUGGUUCACUCACUCAGUAUGGCAUGAAGUACAUGCGAGCAUUUGCAAACAUUUGCAACAGCGGUAUAUCUGAGAUGAAAAUGAGGGAGUCCAGCAUCAGCGCUUGCAGCAGCUACAACUCCGCGAGGUGGAGCCCGAUGGCUCAGGGACACAGCGCUUGAUGCUAAGAUCAAUAGCAGAACCCCCGAGGUCUGCUGCCCCCUCCCCCUGUGUGCGAGCUCGUAUCAUCUGGGGACCGUGUGCACCCAUGAUUACUUGUAUAUAUCAUCAUGUACUUAUGUUCGUAGUACCUAUGUAAAGUAAUGCCAAGUCUGAUCUUCAUCCAACUACCGAAAUGAUUAAGAUCAGAUGUGAAUGGUGUUGCGAUGGAUGAUCGCAAGGUAGGCCAUUUAUCAGUGGACCAAAAAUGAUGACCCAAAUCAAGGUAGUGCUCCUCUGAUAGCCCAUAUCUAUUGCUAACAAAAUGAGAUUACAUUA